AUAAAUUUAAACUUUUAGAAUUUCGUAUAAGAGUACUUAAAACUACAAAAAAUCUAUCUUCUAAUAAUAAAAAUAACUUAACAAUUUUGGAUGAUCUAUAUGAUUUUUUUAUAUUACAAGAUAGUAACAACAAACCUCAAGAUAAUUCAAGUAAAUUUCAAAGUUUGGAAUGUGAAAAUUUGAACUUUAGUCAUAUUGACAAAAACUUUGAAGAGUCUAAUUAUAAUAAUUUAAGCUAG